ACCAUAACCUCACAGCCGAUACCUUAUACAAUCCCCACAAAGUCCCUGCCAUGUGUACUGCCCUACGCCGUGCUGCCUGACCCAUAAUAAUCUUCUCCGCAUUCAUGCCAAAUCCGACCUCCGAGAGACGCCUAUCCUUGCAUUAGCAGUAUCGAGGCUUGUAAUAAGUCUGCCGAUGCCAUGUUGUCGACACCAGCCGAUGAUCUUCUCUUUACAAUACGACUGACAGCGCCUUCAUUCUCUACAUAGUCCGCAUUAGAAGCAGUCUGCUAUGGCCAUCCACCAGAGUAAAUUUUCUUCAGAGUAUUCAAUGCUCAAUGGGACAAAGGAAGCCUUACAUGUCUUGCUACAACUGAUAGAGAGUCAAUUGCCAUCCGAGAUUCGUCAACACAUCCUAGAAACCACAUUCUCCACCACAAACACCGAUACACCAUAUUUCCCAUGUCCUCUCAAGCAGACCGAAGCCAUCUCUGCUCUGAAGGCCGUCGAAGCGGGUAUUGCAGGUUGUAUAGCAGACGAGAGAUAUGGCGCCAAGCCAAGACGGAAACAUGUCGAUCUUGAGCGGGCGUCCUGCUUCUUGUUCUCAGCAUAUACUGCCACCGUAGCAGGUCUAGGAAAACAGGACCCAGACGUGAAAAAGCUUCUGAAGCCGACGGAUCUACUCAAAGCACAAGCGAUACAAUAUCGUCGUUUGUCAGCUAAUCUCUACCACACAAAGAAUCCGGGCGAAUACUACCACAUCCACGGUUCUUUGGAGGCAACCACAACGUUGAACAUGAUCGGCCUAGAAGGCCACCGACCGGACAUGACGGAUUACCGGCAGUGUUUGGAGUUGAUAGAGAGUCACGUGAUGAAGUUCACCACAGAAGAGUUGGAGAAAAUGAAUGCGGAAAGGAGACAAGCCGGUGUACCUGCACUCAAACCAGAUCAAUGGAGUGCCACAAACCAUGGCAAAGUCCUCGACAACGAACCCCCUUUCCGUAUCGACCGCAUCGAAACCAGCUCGUCCCCUGCUGGCUUCCCCCCCUCGUCUCCCUCACCGUCCAAGUCCCCUCAAAUCCUUGCCGGCGUCAAGGUCCUCGAGCUAUGCCGCAUCAUCGCCGGUCCCUCGAUGGGCCGCGGCCUCGCCGAAUACGGAGCCGACGUCCUCAAAGUAACCUCCCCAAACCUCUCCGACGUGCCCUUCUUCCAAGUCGACGGCAACCUCGGCAAGCACACCACCGACCUCGACCUCCGCAACCCAGAGCAACGCCAGAUCUUCGAAGCACUACUCCAAGAAGCCGACAUCGUCCUAGACGGCUACCGCCCCGGCUCACUCGAGCGUCUCGGCUACGGACCCAAACAGCUCGUCGAGCUGACCAAGCACCGUGAUCGCGGCAUCAUAUACGUGGCCGAGAACUGCUUCGGGCACGUGGGCGAAUGGGCCGCCAGGCCCGGCUGGCAGCAGAUUGCAGACUGCGUGACCGGCGUCGCCUGGCUGCAGGGCUGGUCGAUGGGCUUGGACGAGCCCGUGGUGCCGCCGUUUCCCAUGAGUGAUUACGGCACGGGGUGCAUUGGUACUGUUGCUGCGCUCACGGCGUUCUACCAGCGCGCGAAGUUCGGGGGCUCGUAUCACUGCACGACGUCACUGGUUCAGUAUGACCUCUACCUCAUGCGGCUGGGGCAGUACGAGCCGCGGCUGUUGGACGCGCUGCGGCAAAUGCACGACGAGAAUUUCUACGAGCUGAGGCAUGAUGAUAGUGUUGAUGAGGUGGGGAAGCGAGCGAUUGCGACGAUGAAGAGGGUGCAUCCGGAGCUGUUUGAUGAUAGGCAUUUUCACGAGGGGUACAGUAGGGGCUUCCAGGCGCCUCUGAAGUUUGUGAGGCCGGUCGUGGAGGUCGAGGGCACGUGGAAUGGCUUCUUGAGGAACAGUCGGCCGAAUGGGUUCGACGAGCCUACAUGGAAGGGCUGGGAGGUCGACGAGGAUAUGCUGACUGUCUGACCCCUGGUGAUUCAGAGGUGGUUCCACCCUUUGCGCAGGGUCUGCCGUUGUGCUUGAGACAACGCCAUUCUUAGAUAUCCAUAUCAGCACACAACACCAUCGACCCAUCUUACAAUAACCG